AUGGUCCGGCGUUUCGCUUUGUCCUUGGCACUGGUCACCGGUGCCGGUGGCUUUGACAUCGAUGGCUGCACUAGCAUCGUCGUAAAUGCAGAUGCGAUGGCCGACGGCUCCGCCAUUGCAUCCCACUCGAACGACUGCGCCGAUUGCGAUUGGCGCAUGGCCUAUGUCCCAGCAAAAGACCAUCCGCCCCACUCCGAACGGAUAGUGUACGAUGCGGUCUGGAGCACUUAUCCGCGAAUUGUGGACCCUUCACGCUCGGAGCAGUACCAGCCUGGAGCUGGCAUCACAGCAUCCAAGGAACUUGGCCGAAUACCUCAGGUGAACCACACCUAUGCACUUUGGGAAGCCUCGUAUGGCUUGAUGAACGAGCAUGGUCUGGGACUGGGCGAGUCCACAUGCCCGGCCUUCUUGGUUGGGAAAGGAGUGUCCGAUGGCGGAACUGCCCUUUUCAGCAUUGGGAAUCUCAUGGCCAUCGCCCUGGAGCGCUGCAAGACUGCGCGCUGUGCGAUCCAGACUAUGGGUGAUCUUGGUGCCAAGUACGGCUUCUAUGGGGAGGAUCCCGGCUAUGGCGGUGCUGGCGAGGCCGUGACCCUGGUGGAUCGAACCGGUGAGGCUUGGGUUUUCCACAUCUGCGGUGGAGUUCCCAACAACGCGACCUCGGCACCCUGGGCGGGACAACGUGGUGCGCUCUGGGUUGCCCAGCGCGUGCCCAGUGGCCAUGUCGCCGUCAUUGCCAACAGCAUGAUCAUCCGCACAGUGGACUUGAAGGACAAAGAGAACUUCAUGGCGCACCCUGGAAUCGUGGACCUACUCAAGGAGUCGGGACUGUGGGAUGGCUUUGGGCCACUGGAUUGGCAGCACAUCGUCCAACCCGACUUGGCCACCUUUAGUUACUUCCCGGGGCUCGCGCCCAUCCCGAUGUACUCGACCCUGCGUAUGUGGGGUGUGUACCGCCAAGCAGCGCCGAACUCUGGUCUCCAAGCCACACCGGACUUGGGAAGCUUUCCCUUCUCCGUGCCGGUAGAGGGCAAAGCGACGGUUCAGGAUGUCAUGAACUGGUUCCGGACGCACUAUGAGGGCACAGAGUUCGACAUGCGCUAUGGCAGCUUGGCCGGCCCCUGGCAGUCUCCCAACCGUGCCGAGGGGGGCAUCGGCGCGCGAUCGGUUCCCGGACAGUUCGCCCGGUCCACCUCCAUUCCGCGCACCUCCUACACACAGAUUGUGCAGUCCGGUCCCAUUCACCAGCCGCGGGUCUGGUUCGCCCCUGACUGCUCGGCAUCUUCCGUCUUCGUCCCGUUCUUCUCCUCCGUCCUGGCGGAUGCGGAUGGCCGGUUCGACGUGGAAGCAUAUGGAACCGGCUCCCAGAAAUCAUUCGUCUUCUCGAAGCGCGACACUGUACGGCCGGCGUGGUGGGCUUUCGAUUUUGUGGCAAACUGGAUGGAGAUCUCCUACCAGAACAUGUCUGAGCAGUACGUUUACGCGGCGGUGCAAAGCACGCAGCUGCGCGUCGUAGAAGAAACCGAAGAAGCGCUUCGGAAAUCCGACAAGAUGCACGCCAAAUCUGCCGCGAAGCAUUUGGCGGAUUACCAGAGCAAGCUGCAGCGCAACAUCACCGAAGAAUGGUGGGCCUUGGCAGACAUGCUUGUAGUCAGAUACAACGACAUGUUCUACAACUACCCUCCGGAAACACCUCACCAGGUCUCUGACAUUGGGUAUCCGGCCUUCUGGCUGGAGAUGAUUGGCUUCAACCAGGAAUUCUACAGGCCUCACUGGGUUUUGCCCUCCCUGGUGCCGCCGUCACUUCUCCCUCAGAUGAUCAAGGACCAGCUGAGCAACCUAGCUCCGGUCCUCAAGUGGGGAGUUCGUGGCUACGGCAGCUCCGAAAGUGCAACCAGCAUUUCCGCUACGAGCGAGAGUCCACUUGUAAGCGUGGUCGUGGCGUGUAUGAUGUGCCUGGGCACCUAUGCACUGGGCUACUGGAGAGGCCGCCACACUGCUCCGGCAAGCCAUGAUGCCUACCAUCAUCUGAGCUCAUGA